CAAAAGAACAAAAAAAAAACAGUUUCUCCAAAGAUGCAAAAAACCGCUUCAUCUUCAGCUUUAGGUCCAGAUGGACUAGACAUGUCACAAUCAUUUUUCAAACCGAUCCAAUAUGCAUCCCCACCAUCACCUAAUAGUCGCAACACCAAAAUUUCGGUCAUAGGUGUUGGUAACGUUGGCAUGGCUAUAGCCCAAACCAUUUUAACACAAGGUCUAGCGGACGAAAUUUCCCUAGUUGAUGUUAAUGCCGACAAGUUACGUGGCGAAAUGCUGGAUUUACAACAUGCCGCAGCAUUUCUGCCGCGUACAAAAAUAAGUGCGUCAGUUGACUAUUCUAGCACCCUCGGUUCUGAUCUUGUGAUCGUUACCGCGGGUGCUAGACAGAUUCCUGGGGAAUCUAGGUUGAAUUUAUUGCAAAGGAAUCUAGAUCUUUUUAGGAAAAUGAUCCCUCCUCUGGCGGCGGGAUCACCUGAUUCUAUUAUUUUGGUUGUUUCUAACCCUGUUGAUGUUUUGACUUAUGUUGCUUGGAAACUUUCCGGGUUUCCUUCGAAUCGGGUUAUUGGGUCUGGUACUAAUUUGGAUUCUUCAAGGUUUAGGUUUUUGAUUGCUGAUCAUCUGGAUCUGAAUGCCCAAGAUGUGCAGGCUUACAUAGUGGGGGAGCAUGGGGACUCAUCGGUGGCAUUAUGGUCGAGCAUAAGUGUUGGAGGGGUACCGAUACUUAGUUUCUUAGAGAGGCAACAAAUCGCUUACGAGAAGAAAACACUUGAGAAAAUCCACAAAGAAGUUGUAGACGGUGCAUACGAGGUUAUAGGUUUGAAAGGCUACACGUCGUGGGCUAUUGGGUACUCGGUUGCCAGCCUAGCUCGAAGUAUACUAAGGGACCAACGAAGCAUCCACCCUGUUUCGGUCUUGGCUAAAGGGUUCUAUGGCAUUGAUGAUGGAGAGCCAUUCCUUAGUUUGCCGGCUCAGUUGGGGAGAAGCGGCGUGUUAGGGGUAACAAAUAUACAUCUUACUGAUGAUGAGGUGAAACGUCUCCGCGAGUCUGCUAAGACCAUCUUAGAGUUGCAAAGCCAGUUGGGUGUUUAACUUGUUAACACAACUUUUAUAUUUUUGAUGUUUGAAUAAGUCAUGUGUUACUUAUAAAUCUAGAGAAAUGUCAUGUUAUUAUCAUAUGAUCCAUGGUGAACAAGAUGGUGUAGGCUGAAUUGGUUUGUUUACACUUUUUUUAUGUAUUGUUUAUUUAGAUUUACAGAUAAAGAUCAUUUCUGCA